UGCCAUGGAAUCCCAGAAUGGCUUGGGUUGGAAGGUGCCUUAAACCCAUUUUUUUCCACCCCCUCCAUGGACACCUUCCACUACCCCAGGUUGUUCCCAGCCCCGUCCAACCCGGCCUCGGACACUUCCAGGGAUGGGGCAUCCACAGGCGUUGGAGCCCGUGAAGAAAAUGAAGUCUUUUGUUGCUUCUGGAAGAGCUGUCAGCUCUGGGGAGCUGCUGUGGGCUCUCAGGUGUGAAUGCUGGGGCUGGGGGCUCAGUGCCUGGUGGAGAUAACGCCGGGAUUUGCUGGGACAAACAACUUGGCGGCCGCUCCGUGUGGCGCUGGCAUUGCCCCGUGGGGGCCGCACGUGUGGCCUUUCCCAGGCCUGUCGGGCUGUGCCACGUUUGCUUUUGCUUGGCUUUAUAAAGGGAGCUUCCUCUGCUCCUUCCCAGACUGCCCCCAGCACAGCUGUCACCAUGAAUGGCUUGAAUGUCUCCAUUGCUUUUCUCCUCCUGGUAGCUGGGGUGUGCCAGCUGCUCAGGUGGCUUUCCAAGAGGCUCCUGCCCCCCGGGACACGCGGCUGCCUCGCCAGGGAAUUUGCCGGCUCGCUCCAGUUGUGCGCGAGCUGCCUGGAGCUGCGGAUGCUGAUGGAGAUCGGGCCCUGGGCUGGCGGCUUUGGCCCGGACGUGGUGCUGACCCUGCUCUUCCUCCUCUCCGCCGUCCACGGCGCCUCUUUUGACGGAGCGUCCGCCAACCCCACCGUGUGUCUCCAGGAGUUCCUGCUCCUCAAGUCCAGCCUGGCGGUGACGGCGGCCAAGCUGCUGGCCCAGGCUGCGGGCGCAGGGACGGGCCGGGCUCUCACCCGGCUCUGCUGGUCCUGGGAGCUGACGCAGCUCCACUUCAUCCAGAACCUGAUCGCGCCCGAGUGCAGCUCCUCCAUCCGCGCCUCGCCGCCCCACGCCGCCUUGGUGGAAGGCUCCUGCUCCUUCCUGUUCCACCUCGUCCUGCUCAAGGUGCGACAGAGUCACCCCCUGUACCGCGUCCCCGCGCUGGCAGCGACCGUCACCUUCCUGACCCACGCAGCCGGACCGUUCACGGGGGCCUUCUUCAACCCUGCCCUGGCCACAGCCACCACCUUCCACUGCUCGGGGAGCAGCUUCUGGGACUACAUCCAGGUCUACUGGCUGGGGCCCCUCGCAGGGAUGCUCGCUGCCCUCCUGCUGUUCCAGGGCAACAUCCCACGCCUCUUCCAGAGAAACCUCCUCUACGGCCAGAAGAGCAAAUACAAGGUGCCCAAGGCAAAGGUGGCAGUGCAGGUGGAGGGUGACAAACCACAGAGGAAGAGGAAAGCGGGGAAGAGCAACUCAGAGCCCCGUGCCUGAGCCCAGGGUCCUGGCAGCCCUUUUCCUGGGAAAGGGCUUCCCACUGUGGAGGAUUUUGCUGCUCGUUCAGUCCUUAAAGCAUCACAAAGGAAUCCUUGCAGGAUGCCUGAGCCCCCGAGCUCCUUUGGGAAUUGCUUUGAAAGCCUCUCUGGAGAGCCCGAAAUGUUUCAAGCCCGAGCUGCUGCCUCAGAGAGAAAACACUUCUGCAUAAAUUGCUGGUUGUCUUGCAUUGGCAGGAAUCUUACAGAAAGCUGGGACCAUUCCAUGGGCAGGCUUGAGCAAGCCGGGGUUAUUGCAUCGUGCAGUGACUGAAAUAACCCCACUGGGUCUCUUGCAGCCGUAUAAAACAAAAUAUUGGCCAGUAACUGCCUUGGACACUUGGGAUGGGGAGGAAACAAGCUUUGAUCUUUUGAGUUAUUAAUGGAUACUCGUUAAAAAUUGGUGGGUUUUGAGCUAAACUUGAUCUGAAGUCCUUGAAUUGCACAGGCUGAAUCUGGCAAGCCUUGGAGAGGAAUUAAAAAUGCUCCAAGAAGAGAGUUCACUGGCUCCUCUGGGGAUGUGCUUAGCCUGGGUUUUGGUGCUGUAAUCAAGAAACGGUGCCCAAAGGGUCUGUGGUUAGGAAAAAAAAAAGAAAAAGAGAGAUCCAGACAGCUGCUGUGGUUGAGAAAGUGCAUCCCUGGACUCUGCUCCAUGUC